AUGGACAGGACGCCCGUCCCCCUCUUUCGAAGGCAGAGGAAUUCGAAUCCCGUUCCCUCGUCGGCGAUUCCGUCCUCCUCUCCGGCCUUUGGCACGCCGGUCCAUCCGCUCAAGCCAUUCAGCGUGAAUGCCCCCAAGGCGGCCAUCCUUCCCAUCAUACUUCCUCCCGCAACCCUGCGUCCUCUCGCGUUCCGUACCUUUACCAAGAAGCACUCCCUCACACUCUCCUCCUCGGCCCUGCAGGAGCUCGCCACCUUUGUUGGUCGACACUGCGGCUCGGCAUGGCGCGAGGAAGGCUUGGCCGAGCGGGUGCUGGAGGAGGUGGCGAGGAGUUGGAAGAACCGAAACGGAGGCGUCAUCGUCGACGGCUCCAGCAAGGCCCUCCACGAAAUCCUCAAGACGUUGGAGGGCAACAUGAGCGGCGGCAAGCUUGUCGGUCCCACGAGGGGCCUGCCGCGCGGGGACAGCAUGCUGGAUGUCCGCGACGGAGAUUCCUUGAACACGAGGCUCGGCCUGAGGCCGACAACCCUGUCGAGGGAGGACAGCAGCGCCAGCUUCGGCGUAUCCGCCCUCGGCGUCCAGGAAGCAGCUGCCGACGACGACGACGACGACGACACCAACGAUCCGAGGGCCUGGCUGAAUGUCGUUGAUGCGUACGAGCAGCCGCGGCUUGUCUACAAUGUCGGCAAGAAGCAUUUCGAGAGGGAAACGACAAAACCGUCGCUGCUGCCGCCGGCAUCACACAAGACGACGAUAUUCCGCAACCGCUAUCAUGUCAUCCACCAACGCCUCCUCCGAAACGAAGCCUUCCAAACUUCCUCCGUCUCCUCCUCUCGCCAACGCACGAUGCAGCACUCCCUCUCGAGCCAGCAGUCUCUCAAAAUCACGCCGAUAGCAAACAUGCUUGGCUGCCAUGGCAGCUCCCACAUGCUGCUCGGGCUCCUCGUCAUUCUUCCCACGGGCGAACUCGCCAUUAGCGACAUGACGGGAGCGAUUGCUCUCGAUCUCAAGCAAGCCGUCGUCAUACCCCAGGAUUCGGCCUGGUUCUGCCCGGGCAUGAUUGUGCUCGUCGACGGUGUCUACGAGGAGGAGGAGGAGUCCGUCGGCAAGGGACUGAGCGGCAGCAGCGGUGUCGGAGGCACCCUCGGCGGCCGCUUCCAGGGCUUCUUUAUCGGUCAGCCCCCGUGCGAAAAGCGAAAGGCGACGCUGGGCAUCAGCGGCCCGGAUGGAGGACAGGACCAUACCAUUGGCGGAGGCUUCGGCUGGAUUGACUUCCUCGGCCUUGGUAGCGAGCGAGCCGUCGGAGCCAAGAUGCGAAGGCUCGAGCGCCGUCUGCUCCCACCGCCUCCUGAGGACACGCCAGGACGCAACCGAGUCGUGAUCCUUGGCGAGCUCAACCUGGACCAACCUCGCGCGCUGCGUGCUUUGCGCAAGAUUCUCGCACACUACGCCGCCGAACCCGAGGCCUGCUCCCCCGUGAGCUUCGUCUUGACCGGCAACUUUACCCAGCAGGCCGUCAUGGCCCGGGGUGGCAGCGGUGGAAGCAUCGAGUACAAGGAAUAUUUUGACGCCCUCGCAUCCGUGCUCUCCGACUACCCUACCCUCCUGCGUACCUCGACCUUUGUCUUCGUGCCCGGCGACAACGACGGAUGGGUGUCCGCCUUUUCCGCCGGCGCCUCGCCCCCUCUGCCCCGGAAGCCCGUUCCGGACAUGUUCACCUCCCGCAUCCGCCGCGCCUUCGCAACGGCCAACGCCGAGCCGGGUCACCACGGCCUGCACGGGAACGCCGUCUGGACGUCGAACCCCGCGCGUCUCUCGCUCUUCGGCCCCAACCACGAGCUCGUCCUCUUCCGAGAUGACAUCUCCGCUCGUCUGCGCCGCACCUCUGUCGCCCUCCAGCGCCAGGCCACCGCCUCGAAGGAUGCGGGAGCCUUGGACGAUGCCGCCGCACCCGCGCCCGCAGCCACUGAGUCGCAGCCAAACGCCGACGCCAUGGAACUCGACGACAACGCCGUCGCCCCGUCGUCCUUGACCGAGGACGUCCGCGUAGCGCAGAAACUCGUCAAGUCGGUCCUCGACCAGGGCUACCUCGCUCCCUUUCGGCAUGCCAUCCGCCCUGUCCACUGGGACUACGCCUCGGCGCUGCAUCUGUACCCGCUGCCCUCGGCCAUGGUCCUUGUCGACACGACGGCGCCGCCCUUUUGUCUCACCUACGAGGGCUGCCAUGUCAUGAACCCGGCGAGCGUGCUCGUGCCCGGGAAAAGGGGCGUCGGCAGGUGGGUUGAGUACGAGGUCGGCCGGCUGGGCACCUUGAAGGAGUGCACCUUUUAG